GAAAGUGAAAACGAGCACGGUGCUUGGCCAGCUGCAUUCACAAUUCAGUUGGCUUUGAGUCCUUGCUACAUUCGUAUCGAAUUCGGGUCCGGAAUCGGAGUUGCAUCCCCGUCCUUCCACUGCCAGUCUAUUCACGGAAGGCUGAGCAGAUACAGUAGCGAGGAACUUGCAAUUUAAAGCGAAUUCAAGGGUCCGUGGGAGUUUGAAGCCAGAUUUGACGGAAAUAUUGACUUCUCGCGUGGCUCCGCUACUUGCAAAGUGAGCUGGCUGGUCCUGUCGGGUCGGGUGAGCGCCCAAGGACUCCUGCCAGAGCUGCAAAAACAUCGCCAGCCAGAGACAAUAUGUGUGCAAUCGCAAAAAACGUGACAGCAACGUGCCAAUAGGCGAAGGCAUUGAAAAGCUGAAAGAAAAGUAUUCGGACAUCCUAAGAAAAUACUGCAGGAGGAUUCGCGAUGCAUUUCUGGAUUGACAAGCGCUCGCAGCAGUGCGGGUUCGGGCGCUCCCGAGUGGCGGCCUCCCUUUCGCACGCCGGAGGAGGUCUCAGCUACGCCCACCCGCCAAGGCGAAGCAAGACCACCAGUUGCAGCAGCCAGCCCGCAGUGCACCGCGCCCUGCCCCAGACUCCCUACGAUCUCCACCAGCCGGGCACAAGCCGCCAGUCCCAGUAUGGCAACAAUAACUUACUCCACAGCCAGCAGCAGAACCUGUUGCAACAACAUUCCAGCACCAGCACCAGCAACAACAACAAUGCCAGCAUGGGCAGCAGCCAUUUGACGACCACCGGAACAGCCACUGCCAGUAACAACAACAACGCCAGCGGAACCGCAUCCUCUGCCGCUGUCCUCACAGGCAGCGGAACCAUCAUUCCCCUCGUGACACGUGGCUCGCACCACCACACGCACAGCACGCGACACCAGCCAAGGAGCCAGCAACAAUUGGUGCAGCAACAUUCGCUCCAACAGCUGCAGCAGCAACACCAGCCCUACCAACACUACAGCUACCACCACCCACAGUUUGGCAACAUGGCGGUGCCUGUGAGGCAGCAUCAGCAGCCGUUGCCACCGCAGCAGCCACAUUCCGGCAACGUUUAUGCGGACGAUGCCUACAGCACCUACCAUCACGCCCCCUCUCACCAGCAGCACAAUAGCAACUACAUCAGCAGCGCCAGCAGCAACACUCGACAAUCAAAUGCCGCGUAUGCCACGCCCCGUCGCCACAACUCUAACAGCAAUAUGCGACAUCCUGCCACCGUGGCAGUAUCGCCGACUCCAGCAUCUGCACCGAUCGGGUCGAGCGGAUCGACGGCAAUUGCCCAAAACGUGCCGCAGACGACGCACAGCAAUCAGUUGCAGCAGCAGCACCACGCCUUGCUCCAGCACGCGGACUCCCAGCUACUGCCCAGCCACCUGAAGUGCGGCAUGUGCGCCUCUCUGGUCCUGGCCUCGGUUUUCGUGGCGGGAACCAAGUUCUACUUCGACCACCAAGGCACCGGCCUGGAGGUGGUAAUCUUCUGCGCCUUCUCGGCCACCUUCUUCCUGGCCGCCUGCCUGGUCAGUCUUUGCCGCAUCCCCAAAGGCUUGCUCUCCAGCUCGGGCCGCGCUGAGGGUCGAGCGGCAGUGUGCCACAGCCGCGGCAUCCCGGGGGCGAGACGUGGGUCAGGUGAGGAUGGGACCCCAGCGGCCGGCUGCUUGUUGGAGAUGAGCGACGUGCGGUAUCUGGAGGAGCGGCAGGGGGUCUCUGGGGACCCUGCGGUGGCCGCGGCUGGUCCGCCUCCCUACCAUAUAGCCAUCUUGCUGCCGGAGCAGACGUCAGGGGCGUUGGGGAAACAGCUGCCGCUGGACGAGUCGCCUCCCCCGUCCUACGACAAGAUUCUCGUCUAGGCUCCGCGGAAAGUCGGGAUAGUAGAUACCCAAUGCCAAAUACUCUUGCUCAGUAUUUUUCUAAAAGAAUAUCACAUUUUGUAUGAACAUUUACACGGCAUAGUUAUAUAUCAGGAAUACAUAUACGCAUACACGAAUAUUUAAUUUUAAGCUCCGAGUAAAAUAUUUACACUUCUAAGCUCCGAACUAGAUUCCAGUCACUCUCCCACUUGACCCGAACACGUCUUCUUCUACUGUCAUUUUUGUUCUGUGAUAUGCUCAAGAGAUCAAUAUUCAUAAGCUAUAAUGACCGUACUUUGAACCAUUAGCGACGACAAGCAAGCCAAUGCAACGAGAAAUAAACUUAGACUAACAAACAGGAGUAAUCGCAUUAACAGCAUUAGAGGAUACCUAAGAAUCAAAUAAACAAAUCAUAGGCGCAUUCAACUACCAAGCCGAAUGCUAUAUAUUAUGUGAAUGAAAUACAUAUUCAAUAAAACGAUUAACAAGAAAAUUACAAAAGUAA